UAGAAAGUCUUUUGUACAAAUUUGUUGUGAAUGUUUUACAUUGCCAUAUUGACGCAGUAGCUGAAGCAUCAUUUAAGAAUCGUUAGCGCAAUGUCCGACAUAGAAUUGGAGCAACAGCAGCCCCCACAGAUGCUGGCGCAGACGCCGCCGCCGACGCGACGACGACGCCAGGCGCACUCGCGCUGCGAUGGAGGCUAUACGGGCGCCCAGGAGAAGCGCUUGCAGCAGGCGCUGGCGGAUCAGCUGUCGACGUGCCCGCUGCGGCAUGGCGUCGAGGACGACUGGACGUGGAGCAAGCGCUAUCGCUCCAAGGAGGUGGUGCUCAGUGGUCACAAUUCGCGCACCGUCCACUUUCAUCCCAACUGGAGCAAAGGCACCGCCGGCAUCCAGGGCAAACGCGCCCUCAACAACGGCCGCUACUACUGGGAGCUGCAUGUGUCCCAGCGGGUCUUUGGCACCUCCAUUAUGUUUGGCAUCGGCACCAGAUCCUGUCGCCUGCACGCGAACGCCUUCCGCAAUAUGCUCGGCGAGAACGAGCACGGCUGGGGCCUCUCCCACAAGGGCAUUCUUUGGCACAAAGGCGUGGCUCUUGUAUACACUAAGGGAUUCCGCGAGAAUCAUCCCACGCAAAUUGGCGUGCUCUACGAUGGCAUUGAAGGCACCUUGACCUACUACAAGGACGGCAAAUGCCUGGGCGUGGCCUUUAGAGGCUUGGAUAAGGUGAACGAACCGCUAUAUCCCAUCGUAUGCUCCACGGCGGCCAAGACCGAGAUGACGCUCAAGUGUGCCAGACGGGAAUUCGUUAAUCUUCAGGAUCGGUGUCGGGCGGUGAUAAUGCGAAGAUUACGGACCGCUGGCAAUGUGGAAAAGCUAAAACUGCCGCUCUCCAUAAGCGAGUAUCUGGGGGAGGUGAUCGAUGACAUGGAGCCACUGCGUCAGGUAAAUGAGCAGGAGAUGUGCAUGAUUAAUUAUGAUUUAGAAGUGUAAGACCCGAAGCGUGGCCCGUGAAGCUCUGUAUUGUGCCAUAAUUUUGGGAUGUGCACUCUUUGAAAAUAUGAUGAAGCGAGUUCUGUAAAUCUCAAGUAUGAAUUUCAAGAAUUUUUCUUGUUACGAAUCGUUUUUGUUCACAAUUAUUAUUAUUUAAAGAAAAAAAAAGGAGCAUAAAAA